GACGUCUGAAAAGAUCAGUUCAAUGACAAUACUAAAGUUAGUAUUCCACAGUUUAUCUGUAAAGUGUCAUUAUCUUUGGUACUGUAUAUUAAAAAGGAAGAGUCAUAAAUCCAUCAUAUUUUUAUAUGAGUAAAUAUUGAAAAAAGAAUGUGAUUAAGACUUAGUUGGUUUACGGCUUCUUCAGUAGCUUAAUUUAUUCUGUAAUAUAAAGUCAUAUUUGUGUAUAAUGGUUCAUGCUUAUUACCAUAAAUAUAGAACAUAUCAGCCUUAUUGCUGCAAAAUAAAUAACGCUCAAAAGACAUGUAGGGAGAUAAUGUUUGUGUUUUUGUGUAUUUAUAUAUGUAUGAGUAGGGUUGACAAUGUAAUCAACAGUCCCUGUCUAUGCUGUAUUCUGAUAAUUCAGAGGUCAAAAGAAGAUCCUAUCGUUUAAAUGAAUUGUAAACUGGGAUAUCUCGGAAUUCAUCUCUCUUUGAAAUGUACUGUGAAUGGUGGAGGAACAAGCAAAUGGCCUUAUGCUAAUUCCUAUAGCUAAGUACCAGUGAUGGACCUCCUUCAAAGUCAUCCUAAUUACCUUUUGUUGCUGGAGGAAAUCCCAACUUUUCAAACAUGAAAUUGUAUAAAAGAUCCUUGGGUCCUGGUUCUGUCAUCUCAGAUCUGCUUAGACUUCAUCAGGGGAAGUUUGAGUCACAAGACUGAGGUCCCAGUUAUGCUGGUAUGCCCUGAAUAUGAGCUUUGGACGUUGGACUAUGAUCUAUAAACUGAAUACUAAAGGAACUCUUUGCAACUACAAAGCUCACCAUCUCUUCAAUCAAUCUGAACCCCAAUGAAUUGAACUCAUGUCUUCUAUUAACUGUGGCUUUGAAACUGGGGAGAGGCACAAGAUUGGGUCAAUCCUGCAGCGACUCUGCUUCUACCCUUGUUUUCUGUCUGCUCCCUCUACCAGCCCCUUUGGUCUCCCUAGGAUUCACCCUACCAUUGCUUUCUCUGGAGCUUCUCAUGAAGUAAAGUCUAUCAUUACAGGUCCUGCUCAUGAGUUGAGAAAGUGGCACAAUCUAACACCGGCAGAUCUUCAUAAUCUCACUGCCCAGUUAAUUGAAACAGAAGUGGAGACACACUUCAGGUCAUAUCUUAUAAAUAUCAGCUGGAGCCUCAGCAUGGAUGCCAGCAUCAAAGAACUCACAGCUACAAAGAUCUGUGUGAUGAGUAAAGGAACUAGAGAACAUUUUGAGUGUGUUCGGUGCAAUUACACAGAGAAGUUUCAAAGUCAAACCAUGCUUGGGAAUAGAAGAUGGCAGUUCCACUACAUUGGAUUCCCUGUAGAACCAGAAAUGUCUUAUUCUGUCAGUGCUUACAACCUUCCCCCAGCAAAUAUAUAUGAGGAUUCUCCAUCAAAAUCCAUCAUGUUAACUUCACCAGGUUGUAAAGAUAAUGUAAUGAAAUACAGCAAAAGUUGCAUAGAAGUGGGAAGUCUGUGGAAUCCAAAUAUAACUGCAUGUAAAACAGAGGCAGAAGUGGAAGUGAAUUUUACAACAAGUAGCCUUGGGACCAAAUAUACCAUACUUCUCUAUGAGUGUGAGAAAUGUGAUGUACCUAUUGAAAAGGAUUUGAUGACAAAGAUCAAUGAAACUAGAACUUCUGUUAGAAUACCAGUGAGUGAUCAAAGCAACAAUAUUUCUGUACAGAUAAUUCCUUAUUUUGCUAAAUGUGAAUAUGAUUGUCGAAGGCACAAAGGAACCCUAACAAUGUGUGUUCAAAACCACAGUAAUGGGACCAUCACAAUUGAUUCAUCUGGAAGAUAUGUGUGUCUCAUCCUUGCUGCUUUAUUUGUAAUUGUGUGUGUGAUUGCUGCUGUAGUAUUUUUCAGGAACUGUGAUACAAAGAAAAUGUUCUUCCAUCAUGCAGAGCUACAACAACCUGUUAAAGUACUGGUUAUAUAUCCAAAAGAAGUGUGUUUUCAGCAUACUGUCCUGGCUUUUGCUGAAUUUCUGCACAAGCACUGUCAAAGUGAUGUUAUUAUCGAUAUGUGGCAAAGAAGGAGAAUUGCUGAACAAGGCCCAGUACAAUGGCUUGCUAUGCAGAAAGAAACUGCAGAUAAGAUAAUUUUCCUCAGUUCAAGCUAUAUCAUUACUGAAUGUGAUAGUGUUUGCUACCAAAGCAUAGACAGCCACAAAGAUAACUCUGAGUGUAUGUUCACUCUUGCAUUUAACCUCUUCUGCAGCGAUAUGAAAAAUAUGUCUUCUCUGCACAAAUACAUGGUGGUUUCUUUCAGUGAAAUAAAUUCACAAGACACUCUCCCAAGUGCUCUGAACACCUGUCCAAAAUAUUGUCUCAUGAAGGACAUUGACAUCUUUCGUAGAGAUCUUUCUAGUUCACAUAAGCAGGCCCAUGGCACAAAUACAAAAUUAGUUUGUGGCUGGAGACCUAGCACCAAAUGUAUACAAACUGAGGAAUACAAUAGACAAGAUCUCAGCAGCAGAAGAAUAUGAUUUUGUAAGGCACUUGAUGGAUUUAAAAUGAGUUUGCUUGGGUGAAAUUAAUUCUGGAUAAAACAUGCUUAACUGAUUUUUGCCCUGAUCCUGCAAUUAAGAGGCUGAAAGUAAAGAGAAACCGAAGCUAUAAAAGUCUACAUAGGAGAGGUAACUACCCAUUCAUCAGUGUAUUGUAAACUCCUUUAUGUAAAUUAGGAAGAAAUAUUUAAAGCUAGUCAUUUAAUUGUAAAGCUAGUUUUUAAAAUUAAGGAAAAGAGUAUACAAUGAAAAGCUAGGUAUGGUCAGUUUGACAUGGAAUUGUCAUUGUUACUAUAUUGUAUUUGGAAAACAAAACAAACUUUUUAAAAAUUAAUGGUCCUAUAGACUUUGGGGCAUGAUUUGGUCUUAUGUUUAAAACACAGUCUAAAAAAGGAGAAAAAUAGGUAAAUUAAAACACGAGGGGAAAAUAUCUCGAAUUACUUUCUGAUGAGAGGAGAAAAAUUACAAUUUUCUAUGUUUCAUAAGAUUAUUUAAAUUUAUCUUGUGCAUAUGGUAGCGGGUUUUCCCUUUAUCUACUUACUGGAUUUAAUUGGACUAAAAUUUAAUGUCCUCCUCUGGACUGUUAAUGCUAUGUUAAUAAUUCUAUACGAUAAAUUUGUGUCUGAAUAAGUUUUGUAGUGUAAAUAAAGGACUUAAUACAUCUAUGUAAUGGUUAUAGCAGUUCUCUUCCUGGAGUUCCUGACGCUCAAAUGCUAAGGAACUUAAGUAUAUUUAAGAAGCAACACUUGUUUCCCACCUGACCGCAAGAAGGAAACAACUGGAUAGGCCAUUAAUACCCAUGUUUGGUUCAUGAAAUCAUCUGCCACAUGUACAAGUCAAGCCCCAUUGAUGAUACUGAUAACCAUGUGGAAUUAUGAAACGUUUAUUGUACAGAACCCAUUUGAAGUCUAUCAAAUCAAAUAUGAUCUCUGUAAAUAUGUACAUUUUCUGUAAUACGGUUCAGCUACCACAUUUUAAAAAAUUAAAUAAUUGUUUUAUACAGUUAGAUUUGUGGACCCUUUUUGUUACAGCAAAACUAGCAACAAUAUUUAACUUGGACAGACAAAGAUACCAGAUUGGGUAUUCGUUGGUUAUGCUUCAAGUACCUUGGGAUGAAAAAAAGUCAGAGACAGACUGUCUUCAGCUGCCUGCAACAAAUAUACAGGAAUAGCACACUGAUAUAGCUCGCUGCUUUUAGUUUAAGAUUGCACCAAUGUUUUAACAUAAAUGCAUUUUCCAAGAGAAUUUU